CCUCUUCCAAAACGCGCACGGUUGCGUGAAACGUUGCAAACGUUGCCUAUGUUAUUAACGGUUCUUUCUGUAAUUGUGCGUCAUGCGUGCUUAUAGGCUCGCGUUUCGGUACAGUUGGCCAGUAGGCCAGGCUAUCCAAGUAGGCCAACACGGGAGCGCUGUGUGUGGUGCAGAGGGAGGCAGGGGAUGACUGCUGCCCCCCUCACUUCUCCACUGAGCCCUCAGGAGAGUGGAGGGAGGACUGCAUGGGGACUGUACGCUUCACAGUGAACGGGUUUUCUCUGAUGAAGACCUCAGCAGUGAUUUGGAAACAAAAUUGCAAUUACGCAAUGAAGCCAUGCAGACUGAGGACAUUUAGGCACGUUUGUUUAUGUUCAGUGAAGCUCUUUCGUGAGUUGCCGUUACUAGUGAUCUGAAGCCUGCUAUGGAGGACCUCUUGAGUCAAAAUGAGUCUGAGCACUGACAAUGUCACGAACUUGUGGAAAAAUGGUUCCUCGGAACUCGGCGGGAUACCGAACGCGUCCUCCCCGGUCAACUUCGCCAACAGCUCCGGGGGGAACCACACGGAAGUGUACCUCACCCGAGCCAUCCCGCUCGGCUUGGUGCUGGGGGCUUUCAUCGUGUUCGCCAUCGCGGGCAAUAUCCUCGUCAUCCUCUCGGUGGUGUGCAACAGGCACCUGCGGACACCGACAAACUACUUCAUUAUCAACCUGGCCAUCGCCGACCUGCUGCUGGGCACCACGGUGCUGCCGGUGUCCGCCACUCAGGAGAUCUUAGACUACUGGGUCUUCGGCAGGAUCUUCUGUGACAUUUGGGCUGCGGUGGACGUGCUGUGCUGCACCGCGUCCAUCAUGAGUCUGUGCGUAAUAUCCAUCGACCGCUACAUCGGAGUGAGCCACCCGCUCCAGUACCCGAGCAUCGUGACAGAGAAGCGGGCUCUGCUGGCCAUGCUCGGUGUGUGGGUGCUGUCGGUGGUCAUCUCCAUCGGACCUUUGCUCGGGUGGAAGCAGCCGCCGUCGCCGGACGACACGGUCUGCCCCAUCACCGAGGAGCCAUUUUACGCGCUCUUCUCCUCCCUCGGCUCCUUCUACAUCCCGCUCAUCGUUAUUCUGGUCAUGUACUGCCGGGUGUACAUAGUCGCCAAACGGACCACUAAGAACCUGGAAGCCGGUGUGAUGCGCGAGAGGAUGAACUCCGGUGAGCUGACCCUCAGGAUCCACAAGGGUUCUCAGGUGCAGGAGGAGCCCUGCUGUUCGGGCACCGGCAAGGGCCGCGCGCACCAGGCGAGAAGUUCCCUCACGGUAAAACUUCUGAAAUUCUCCCGGGAGAAGAAAGCGGCAAAAACUUUGGGAGUUGUGGUCGGCAUGUUUACGCUUUGUUGGCUGCCCUUCUUCCUCGCCUUACCCAUAGGGUCUUUUAAUGUGAACUUGCGCCCAUCUGAUCUCGUCUUCAAAGUGAUCUUCUGGCUGGGCUACUUCAACAGCUGCCUGAACCCCAUCAUCUACCCCUGCUACAACCGAGAGUUCAAGCUGGCCUUCAUCCGCAUCCUGCGAUGCCAGUGUCACCAGCGUAAGAAUCCCGGCUGGAGAGCCUGCAACUACCGCUCCUCCAACUUCAGCUCCUCCGGACACUCGCGCAAAGGCUCAGCGGAUCACAACUCCAGCUGCUUGAACGGCAGCCAGCGUACUCUGCCCUCCUCAGCCAGCCCGAGCCCCAGCUACCUGAGCAAGGGUCUCCCACCUUGCCCUGAAGGGGAAACGUUAUACAUCUGGGGGGGCACCACCCCAACUCCCUCCACACCAAACCUGCUGCCUGGCAGCCCCGCAGACUGCCAGCAAGGAGCUCUGAGAGGGGCGGUAAGAGGGGGAAACCCAGCUGAGGAGACCACUGGUGGUAUUUUCUCUUUCUCCUUUCGGAAGAAUAGAGACAGGAGAGGGACCGACAAAAACAGCAGGGUGCCUGAUGACAUGGUGUGACUGCUGAGUGUCACUGAGAGUACUAAGUCACAGAGCGUGGAUGUCUGAUUCGACAGGUUAACUGCAUUCACUGUACAUGUUCAUUCAUCGGUGGAUUGUCGCUGUCAUUAGUGCUCAAUGUAAGGUGAUGGUAACUGAGUAUUGUCUAUGCUGCUGUAUCAGAGGUAUUUUGUCCUAUGUAACUGUAUAUGUGGUUGACAUAGACAGGAGAGUUUCUUUCAGUGAACAGUAACGGGUUGAAGAAGGUGUAUGAAAACCACUGUUUAUCGCCCUCUUUGGGACGGAAAGACACCCGUGGGUGCAUUUUGAUUAAACAGAAUAAAUUUGAAGUAAAAAGGACACAUUUUUAGGAACCCAAUACGGUCUUCCUCUGGGUUAAAGCCCCAUGUCUGCCCUGUAAAAAGACUGACAAAGAGCCUGACUCAUGUACAAUGUGUGAUAAGACAAAUGUCUUUCCUGUUGCAGUCACUUGAUAUCUUCAUGGUAUGUUGUGGAAAUAAAGUAUAACCUGGUUUAUCUGCUGUGCGCACAAUCAUGAGAUAUAAUUGUUUGUACGUUUGAUGUUCAAAAAGUUCUGAAUAUCGAUUUGAGAAAUGUGAGUGAUACAUGAAUAAACAUAGAACGUUGAUCAAACGUCGCUUGGAGGCAAACUCUGUAACUUGCACCUUUAAAUGUGAUCAUAGAUAGAUUUUAAAAAAUACUAUCCAGAACUACAAGUGUUAUAAAAAAUAUUUAUUGAAAUCGGGUCGCAAAAUUAUGUUACUGCAAACAAAAUGUAAUUCUAGUAAAUGUAAGCAGAGGAUGUAAUUAGACUUUAAGUCACCUUGCAUAUUGAUCACCUUCAACAACAAAAACAAAUCUGUGCUUCAUUUACAUAGAAGUAAACAUUGGUCAAUCGAAGAAAACAUUCGUACAUUCAUUAGAUUCACAUUGGAAUGUACGUCGUGGUUUGUCUAUAUUUACACUCAAAGCAGACAGGGUUUUCUUUCUUUACCUUCACCUAAUACCUAGCUCUUGCUGCUAAACGCUCCAGCGUGUUCACCAGUUAGUUGCUAACCGUGUCUAACUGUUGGGUUUAUUAGAGCAAUUUCAAUAAAAACUGCUGCGUUUUGGAAACAGGAGCAGCUGGAAACUGUAUGUGGAGUAUGUUGACCCCUUUCUCAUUAUUUUAUCCAUUGUUAAUAAAACAUGUUGCUUAGUGCAGCUUUGAUCAAGUGCUUAUAGUCAACAAUAGAACUUGUUGUAGUUUACACUCAGGAACACCAGUGUACAAUAUCACUGCUGUUAAAUAAUUACUGUAUAUACACUUUAAACAGUUGAUGUCAAACCAUGACACAAUAAAGGUCCCUCUAGCUCAGGCACUGAAAUAUAAAAGAUCACAACCUAGUUCAUUAACGGUGACCAGCUCUGCUGAGACGGGCCUCACCUGGCUACACAGGUCGGCCAGAGGGCAGCCCCAGCUGAGCGGACAGUGUAGGGUCUCUGCUUCGAAGGUGAGUGAAUAUCUUCCUGCUGGCUUCGUGUCCUUUCCUCCACACCGUGUCAAUGAGGCAGCGUGCCCUGUCUGCACUGGUGUUGUUCUCCUGAAGUAUCCAGUUUUUCUCCCCCUCAUUCAAGACACGAUCCUCUAAAAGGUCAUCCAGCAGCUGAUUGAUCAGUUCUCUGGACACUGUCUCCACAAGUUUACACCUCACUUUGGCAAGCUCCUCCUCUAAAAGAGUAACGUGGGAAAGAAUGAAACAACUCAGAUUUUGGACUUUUAAGGUGGUUCAUGAUGCAGACACUAAAAAGUUUAGUUACACUGUGAUACUAGUGUUGCCCGUGUGGAAAUGAAUCCUUAAUCUUACCAUUUAUUUACAAUCUCAAGAUUCAGUGAAGCACACCAUAAGCUAUUACUGUAUUAAUGUUAUUGGUUUUAAACCAUUUAACUGCAUUUUAAAACAUAUCAGUCAUAACAACCACACCAGACUACCGAGAUGUUCAAUGGGCAUGUGAAAGAUCUACGGCAGAUCUUAUCACACUUUAAAAAAGUGUCGUUCUUCUAAUAACUCAUCUUCAGUGUCUUACCAUACAUCACCUAAAUAUCACCAGCAGUGUUUUGAUAGUCAUCUGAAAUAUGAUGCAGAAAAAAUAAAUAUAUUUGGUUGAUUUAGUGGCUUUAUGUAUUGCAUUCAAAACAAAAAAGACACCAACAAGCAUUUCGAGCUAAAUAAGAGUGGCACAUUGGUGCCUUAAAUACACAAUAUCAGAAUAUUAUUCUACAACCACUGACCUUUUCGAAUGGCACAGGUCCACACUGGUCCAGACUCAUGUGUCAGUGUGAGCUGGAUUUGACUGUCUGGACUUUCUGAAAACUUCGAAGAAGUUUGGGUCACUGCCUUCAUAUACGAGCUUCAACUUCUGUGAACAAAAUAUAAAAAUGGAAAAGGAGCAGAAUUAGAGCUUGUGUCAGGCUCAAUAUUUAAAAUGGAUUAGUUAUAUAGAAAUAUAGGGACUGUAUAUUCAUUUUUAAAAAUCAAUUACUGGACAUGCUAUGUUAAAGGAAUAGUCUGACAUUUUGGA